UAAAUAUAGACUGGAAAAAGGAAAUAAUUUCAUGUAACUUGAAAACAUUUAUAACUAUUGUCGUCGGAUUUCCGAAUUCUGAAAAGUUGCAUGAUCUUCAGUCUUAGAGAUUAAACAAAACUACACUGCUCAUAAAUGUUUGUGCUGUAUAACAAAGUACACAAAAUUGCAAGUCACAAAUUUUCGUUUCAUAAAACUCUUUUAUCGGCCGAUCAUGGAACUAUCGGCCAGUCAAUGGGUGUAAUUGCAAGAAAUAUUCAUGACAGCAACAGAGCAGGGUGACACUGAGACAGUGUGUAAAUUACUUGAUGAGCUACACAUCACUCCUGAUAUUGCUGCUGUACGUGAGGGAUUAGGGCACAGUGCUCUCUCUUUGGCUUCAACUUAUGGACAAACAUCUGUUGCUGCAGAGUUAUUAAAGAAUGGAGCUAAUCCUUGUCUAGUCAGUGGAGUAGGAAGGAUACCAUUACAUGAUGCCUGUAUUAAUGGACAUUUAGAAGCUGCACAGCUGCUUACAGAAUACAUGACAGAUAGUGAUUUGAAUAUCCAAGACAACAGUGGCCAGGCAGCUGUACAUUUGGCUGCUUUUAAUGGAGAAACACAAGUUCUAAAACUACUUAUUCAAAAAGGGGCCUGCUUAACAAUUGUAGACAAGAAAGGGAGACAGCCAGUACACUUGGCUGCCUCUAGAAAUUUUGUUGGAAUUUUGCAGCUGCUGUUUGACAGUGGAGUUGAUUUCGACAGUCAAUGUUUCUCUGGCAAAACUCCUCUUCAUUAUGCUGCCCAGUUUGGAGGGCUAGAAGCAGUGAAAUUUCUUGUUGCUACGGACUGUGACACAACGCUUGAAGACAAGUCAUCUUACCUCCCAGCUCACAUGGCUGCCAAAUUUGAUAAGUUGAACUGUUUAAAGUUUCUUAUUAAACAAGGGACAAGUAUUGAUGCAAAACAAAGAACAGGCAAAGCUAGCACUCAUAUUGCUUCAUGUCAUGGAGCAUUCAAUGUACUACACUGGCUACUUGAUAACAGAGCAGAGGUCAAUUUACAAGACAAUGAUGGGAAUACUCCUGCCCACUGUGCUGCACAAGAAGGCAAAGCAGACUGCUUCAACUGUUGUGCUCAGCAUGAUGCCAAUUUAGAUCUUCUUAAUGCCAAAGGAGACACACCUUUAGAUACUGCCAAAAAAUCUGGCCACCCACUGCUUAUGGCUAAAGCAGUUGCCAAUGUGGUAAUGUGCCCACUGUGCCUACAGAAAUGUCAGAAGGAAGACUAUGACAGGAAACACCCUCCAACUGAUGUUGAGAAGUCCAUCAUGGCUAUUAGGAAUAAAGCGUAUGCAUCCCCUUUGCCUAAAUAUAAUGUGAAACUUGGAGGCAACAAAGUGGGUCUCAAACCAGACUCAGCCAGAAGCACCAAGAGAAAUCUUGCCCUCAAAGAAGUAGCAGUACAAGAUAGACCUCACCGUGAUUUACCAGCCAAAUAUUUUGGUGAGUUUGUUGAUCCCAACCAAACAUUUCAAUUUAAAAUGAAAUGAGAUUUGCCAAAAUUAAACAACACGUUUUUAGCACUAUGAAAUCUCUUUUGAUGGCUGAUUUGACACUGCUAAAAAUACUCCUGUUUCCAUUGUUAUCUCUAUAACUUGUGUGUGUGUGAUACAACAUUGAUACUGUGAUAGCCAAAAUAUAUUCUAAAUAUACAAUAACUUUAAAACCUUAAGAUAAGAAAAUGUUUUUUUUUAUUAAAAAUGAUUUAUAAACACUU